CGCUCGGAAUUGCGGCGGGAAGGCAGCGCCGCUGCCGGGGUGCGGGUCGGGCGCGGGACUCAGCUGCCCUCACGGCGGCGGUUGAGCAGCGCGAGGCGGGGCCGCAGCCCGCCUUUUGUCCUGCCGAGCUGCGCCGGGGGCCGAGCUGCGCCGCUCCGCUGGCAGGGUGCGGGCAGCCUGGCCUCUGCAGGCAGCCUGGCCUCUGCAGGCAGCGGUAGAGUAGAAGGGCGUACUGAGGCAGAGAAAGCAGGCUGGUACCGGGGACAGUUUUUCGAUAACUUUGGCCUCAGUUGUGUGUUUAGCAGCAUUUAGCGAAAUGUCCUCAAGGAAGAAAACGAAGAGAAGCCAUUCUGGAAAUAAAUUACAGGAGCACGGCACCAACUCCCACCCUCGGAAAUUACCUCCACUUGAUGAACCAGAUAUCUCAAGGAUCCUGAAGGUAGCAGAAGCAGGUCAACUUGAGGAAUUUGGCGAGUCCUUUGAUCACCCUUUGCACAGUACUGCUGUUGACGCUUAUGGAGAGGAACAAUCAGGCAGUGAGUCACUUGGUCGUGCUUCAGCACCGCAGAGGAAACGUGCAGCAAGAAAUAAAAUGCAUCCCUCAAAAAUACCUGAUGAUGAUGUUCAGAAAAUCAACACAUCUGAUCCUAAAGAUAAACCCACUAAGGAGGACAUGGUACAGAAAAAGAAGGCUCUGAAUAUUACUCAAGUCCAAGUUAAAAAGAAGAGAACUUCAGAGAAUACCACACCUGACCCAUCUGUGGAGAGCCCACGUUCUGUAGAGAUUUGGUGUCCCAAAGAGAUGAAGAGAUCUUCUAGAGAUAUUACAGAACUGGAUGUUGUUCUCACUGAAUUUGAGAGGGUAGCAGCAAAUUACAGACAAAGUGUAGAAUCAAACGUUUGCAGAAAAGCUAUCGAUGACUUCUGUUCUGCUUUCAAGGACCAAAUCACCGAUCGUAUCAUGGAAGCCCAGGAAUUAAAGAACAUGAAGAAAAAAAAUACUAAGGUAAUAGCAGAGAUCAAAAAGAAAAGACAGCAACUGUUCCAACUCAGAGAAGACCUAAUAGGAGCUGAACCACAACUGGUACAACUACAAAGAGAAUAUGCAGAGCUACAGGAAAAGAGGUCUUCCUUGAGGCAAGCAACUGAAUUACUUACUGAUUUGAAGGAGCUACAGCAUGACUGUUUGGAUUAUAGAGAAGAAAAUCCAAAAGCAAAAGUGGUAUAUGGAACUUCCAGUCUCCCUGCCCUUCUGGUGGAGUCACGGAGAAUUUUAGGAGCAGAAAGACAUUUUCACAAUACUAAUAUGAAGCUGGAAGAGGCUUUGGCUGCACAAAGAGGGAAGUUAUCAAAGAAACCUUAAGUGUUUGUAAUGGACUUUUAGACAUUUGUUAGAAACUAUUAUUAUAAUGGUCAGUGCUUAAAACUUGGGUAGUCAUUGUCACUCUCUUCUGCUUCAGUGUUUAAGAGAGGUCAGUGACUUAAUCUGAUUGUCAAAUAGUCUGUGUGACAACUUACUCAGCAUGUCAGUGGAAUCAAUGAUGUAGUAAUUCCAGUUAGAGCCAUAAACCAUCUGUGCUCCCUUAAUGUUGGUCUUUAACCUCUGGCUAUUCAGGCAAGGUGAUUUAAAAGAAAAAACACAGACUUUGAACUUCAAUAGAUAAAGCUUUUAAUUAUAUUUGUAUUUGAAAUAAAUAAUUUCCUCGUA